AGAAAUAAGUUUACCACAGUUGAACAGCGGUAUUCGGAGCGUACGGACCAAAUAAAUAUAGUUUGGCGGAAGCGGCAAAUUUUUCUUUAAAUAAUUUUAAAUAAAUUCUCCCUCACUUCUCAUUUCAUAACACCCUAAAUUUAGACGUUUUGAAAAGGAAAAAAAAAGUUGAAAAACAGCAGAAAAAGAAAAAAAAACACUAAAACUUCGUACAUUGUGUAUGUAUCCAUUGGUAAUACAUACAUAAAGAUUUUGUGCAAUUAUACAAUAUACAUACACAUAAGUGUUGUGUGUAUGUGUGUGUGUGUGUCUGUAUUUAAACGUUUCUAACGAGAAAAAGAGGUGUUUUAAUUUGAAAACUAUUAGAAAGAAGAAAAAAAAACUUGGUUUUUUUCUUCGUCCAGCCAUUUAUAUUGGGUGUUAAUUAAUAUAUUUUUGGAAUUUCUUUACGUCGGCUUUACUCCUUUGUGAGUUGUAAAAUCUUUAAAAGUGGAAUCCCCAAAGGCAGAAAACUCUACGGACGCUCAAAUAGCACCACCAGUAGAAUCACCGACAGAGCCAGCCGCAGCAACAGCAGCAGCAGCUCCUAAAAGUGCGACACCUAAGACGCCCGGCAUAAACAAACGCACCAAAAUGGCUGACAAUUGUUUCAAGUGCAAAAAAUCAAUCAACUCCAAGGAGGGCAGCGUCAGCUGUCCCUGCCAGAAAAAGUAUCAUCGCAGCUGUGUGAACAUCGAUGACGCCCUGCACGAGGCCAUACAAAAGAAUCCGAUGAUCUCGUUUAGCUGCGACGAGUGCCGUCAGCAGUCGCCCAAAGCCAUGGCGGCCAAGAUACACGCCAUUGAGGACAAGCUGAACAAGGUGGUGAACGGCGUCAACCAAAUACAGGGACGUAUGUAUCAGCAAUACUUCCAGUUCGGUAAUGCCAACAAUGCCAACGAAGUCAAAAAGCAGACCAACAGUCUUAUAGUCGUCGGCAAUAAUUGCAAUUCGGAUCGACUACAAGUCGUCUGUGAUUAUGGGCGCUGGGUGCAGGUGGGCAAAUUUGCCACCUCCACUUCGGAGGACGACAUUAUCGAACAUUUGGCCGAGGAGUUGAAGAUUAAUAAGAAUCUUGUCAAGUGCACCAAAUUGGUUAAGAAUGAUGCCAAUUUGGCUGCAUUGUCCUAUUGUAAGUUUAAGAUUUCCAUACCGGACUAUCGCUUCAACGAGCUGUUCAACGAGGCUAUUUGGCCCAGUGGUGUAAUGGUCUCACCAUUUACCCCCCGUUCCCAAUUAAAUCAAAAUCGCAUUUAAGGGAAAACUGGUUAAAUAUGUAUGCACGCCAGCCACACCAAUGAACACGAAAAGAGCUUAAGUUGAUGAGAACAACAAAAACAACAGAACGUUAACAAGAGAGUUAUAGAGAUGGAGAGAGGGAGGAGAAGACCCCACUUUUUUCUUCUAUGGCAACGGGGUGUUUUUAUCUUUCUCUUAUCAAAAAAAAAAAAACAGAGGGUGUUUGCCAAUUGUAGGAGGGUUUGGAGAACGAGCGAGCAAAAGCCAAUUCACACAACAUAGACAGACAGCUGCUGGGUAGGGGUUUUUACUGAAGACUUCUGGUAUACCGACAAAAUCAACAACACCAACUACAACUACAGCAUUAUAUUAAGCAAACACCAUUCGUUCAAUUUCAAGUUUCAUCAAUUUUUGAGAACUUUUUGUUUUUCAUUGUUUUUUUUUUUUUUUUUGAAAUUUUCAUUAUUCAUUCAUGGCGUUGUAGAACAUACAGAUUUUUUAAAGAAUGAAAUGAAAUCAAAUACAUUUUUUAAACAAUUCUCAAAAAAACUUUGCAAUUGAAAAAUGUAAAAUUACAUAAAAUGAUUAAUUAAAAAAAGAACUAAACAAUUUGCUUGUAAAACCAAGAUUUUUUUCCAACACAAUUUAAAAGCUUAAAAUAUUGAACAUUGUAAUACAUUAAAUAUAUACUUUUAACAUAUUUUAGACAUUUAUGAACAAAAACCAAAUACUAUUCUAUUCGAAGAAAAACCCAGAACAAAAAAGAAAACAUCAAGUAUUAGAAAUUUGCAUAAUAAUUAUAUUUGUCGUAAUUACCAGUAAAACAAAUAAACAUAAAAACAAUAUAUUUAAAAACUAUUAAAACAAGAAAUAAAAUAUUAACUUUUCAACAUAAACAACAAACAAACAAUUUAGAAAGUACUUAAAUACACAAAAAGCAUAGAAAUACAAUAUAUAUCUAUAUAUAUUUAAUUGUAUAUGUCUUUUAAAAUAUUUCCAAAGAUUAACUUUAAGUAUAUUCCCCCUUUUUAAAGCAACUCUUUAAUUAUAAAAAUUAUAAAUUUAAUUUUAAACAAAAGAAAAUAAAAAACUUUCAUUUUGAUUCUACUUUAAAUACUUUUUCUCUAACAACAAACAAACAUUCCUUUUAAUGAAAUUUAAAAUUCUAUUUAUUUAAAACAUAAACAAAAACUUAUUUAUUCAAUUCAAUUCAAUUAAAUUUUAUUAAUAAAAUUCCAUUUAUUUCAACAACUCACAAUAAAUAUUCUUCAAAAAAAUAUUAACUUAAAUAAAACAAAAGUAAUGAAAAAAAAAACCAAACAAAAAUAAAUAUUAGAAUGACAAAAAAAAGCAUUUUUAAAAACUUAUCCAAAAUAUGUAUUAAUGUAGUUUGAAGGCAAUUUCUUAAAAGCUUGUCGUAAACAUUUUUAGAAAUUUUCAAUAUUCAUUAAAAACAAAAAGAAAAACUUAAACCAAAUAAAACUUUAUUUAAACAACCGAAAAACCAAAUGAAUUUGAGUCAACAGACGGAUAAACUUGAACGAAAACCAAAAUUUACAAUAACGUCGAGGAAAAUAUAAAAAAAAUUAAAACACGAUUUUCAACAUUUUAUGGUUAUUGUAAAGAAGUGUAUCGCAAGAAGAAAAGAAGAAAAUUAAACUUACAUACAACAAGUAAAAUCUUAAUAUUUUUUUAAAAAUAAAAUCGUAAUUUAUUGAACAAAAAUAAAUAAAUAAUAUACAACAACAAUAACAAACAUUCACAAACAAUUUACGUAUUUAGUAUACAACAAAACAAUAUUAUGCAUGCAUGUAUUUAUAUCAAAUUUUUAAACUGAGAAAAUAAAUUUGAAGAAAAACUAAA